AACCACAAAGCGCGUGGACAACAUAAAGAAAUUAGCUUACUACGUGCAAAAUCAAGUGGAUCGGGCAUACAAAGCUCUGGAUUACCGAUGGAACCAACAGGCUGAAAAAGAUUCGGAAAAAUCUACACCCGGCCCGCGCAUGAUCCGACCAGUGCUAGAUGAAGUCUACCAGCCUCUAGUCAAGCAGCAGGAGAUACUGAGUCGCCAGGAGGCCAUGUUGAGAACCUUCAAGAACACCCUCAAAGAAGUCGAUACUAGUCCCAUGUUCAGAUCGACUUCGCUGUUGAGAAGCACCCCUUUUAAAAACAAGGAUCAACUAACAAAAUUAUCCAAAAACAUUCUAAACAUGAGCCUAGAACCACAAAAAAAGACCAGUGAGCCUCUACUGAGCGCCCAAAAGCUGGACGCGCUCAGAGACAUGCUAUCCAACCACAAGACCGUCAAAGUCAAACCCUUCAAUGUGGAACUAAGACAGCAGCUAGCAAAUAUGAGAAUGAGCUACGAAAAGGCCGCUAAAGAGAGAGAGGCACAGGAACAAGCCGAGAUAGAUGCGAUGACUGAAGAAGAGAGGCAGAAGGAAAAAGAAAGACUGCUGAAGGCCCAAGCUGUAUUGAAGGAAAGACAAGCGCAGUUGUUAAUAAAGCAACAGGAGUUAAGGAAUAAAGCGGCGCUAAGGUUGCAGCGAAGGGAGGAGAAACACGUGUACUUUGACCCCCCUGAAAAACAAGUUCAAGCUCCACCAGAUGUGAUCAAGGUUGAGCCUAAACCAGAGAAGGCCCAGGAUCCGUUCCCAAUCUCAGUGCCAUCUUUCACGCCACUCUCAAACAACGCUAAACCAGCUAUACCUGGUUUGAAUGCCGUCGCUCGAACGCUGUUUACAGAACCAGAGCCACCAAAGGCCACAGAGGCGCCCAAACCUCUCCCACUCCAAACGCAGCCGCCCAAACCUCCCAGCUUUGCCUCGCCACAACCGCAGUCGCCAUCUGCGAACACACGCAGCGUGCUAAAAGACCUGCUGCAAAAUAAACAGGCCAAUGCUACUGCUAAGAAUGAUGCCAAUACGUUCAUGGGACAGAAGAUAUGCUCGCCUACUGGCACGUUUUCUUUUGGUUCAUCCCCCAUUACAUCUGAAGCAACAUCGCCCGAACCGUUGACUUUGGCUCGUGCGUUAGAUACGCAAAACAUGUUCAGUAACUUGCAGGGCAAGCUACAAAGCUCUGCAAGUGCUCCUAACACCUCGCUUUUGUCAGAAAAUAAACAACCAGAACAGAAACCGCUUGAAGCGAAAGGAGAAAUCAAACAACCCAUCAAAAUUGCUCUCAAGGUAGCCGAAAAAGCCAAAGAAAAUAUCCCAGAGAAAGUAGCUGAGAGUGUGGUGAAUGAGCCUGAUAAAAAUGAUAAGAAAGAAGAAGUCAAACCGUUCAGUCAACAAAGCUUCAACUUUGGAUCUUCACUUACAACUACACCAAGUGUGACCACCAUAAGUGAACCAGAGAAACCUGCAGAAACCAAACCAGAGGUAAAACCGGAACCCCCUAAAGUGGAGGAAAAAGUUCCACCAACUGCCACGCCUCCUAGCUCCGUCUCAUCAAGUGCUUCAUCAUUAUUUGCGCAAGCACAUGCAACUUCUCCUACGACUGUGAAACCACAACCGCUCUUCGGAUCUGCAUUGCCUACGUCAACCCAAACCGAAUCUGCUCCUACGUCAACAUCUGCUACCGUAACCUCGGCCGAUACAACUGAAAAGCCUGCCUUAGUGUCAACUGCCACAUCUGCAUCGUCUUUAUUCAGUGCCGCCGUGGCUUCAUCACCAAAGACAACCCAAUCCGGGUCAAUAUUUAACUCGUCCUCGCCAUCCUCGCCUUCAAGUGUCUUUGGGUCGAGCUCGGGCUCAAUAUUCGGCUCGGGCGCAAAUACAGCCACAAGUUCCGUCUUUGGCACCAGUACAACUCCCAGUUUAUUCAGUAGCGACGCCAAAACAGCUACAACUGCCACAUCUGCUUUUGGAGUUACAUCGACUACACAAUCGGUCUUCGCGUCGACGCCGUCAGUAUUCGCCCAAGCUACAUCGACGCCAUCGUCAGUCUUUUCAACGGCGACUACUGGGUCAUUAUUUGGCACAGCUUCGAAUCAAUCCUCCGUGUUUGGAACUUCGACGACCCCAGCCACAACUAGCGCUUUCGGUGUUGCCACAACACAGGCGUCCGUAUUUGGUGUUCCCGCGACUACAGCUCAAAGUUUAUUCGCUUCGGCGGCGUCGAAUCAGACAUCCGUGUUCGGUACCCCCGCGACUACAGCGCAAAGCGUGUUUGGCUCAGGGACGGCUACGACGCAAGCUUCAGUAUUUGGUGGUGGGGCGACACAGUCAGUGUUUGGAUCGUCUCCGCCGACGUCACAACCGUCGCUCUUCGGGUCCCCUUCGGGCCAAACGUCUGUGUUCGGGGCAGCGCCGACGACACAAGCGUCGGUGUUCGGUAGCCCUACGCCGACAACGCAAGCGUCGGUCUUCGGAAGUCCAACUCAAACGACACAAGCGUCGGUGUUUGGAAGCCCAACGCAGACAACGCAAGCAUCUGUAUUUGGAACUCCAACACAAACAACACAAGCGUCGGUGUUCGGAAGUCCAACUCAAACCACCCAAGCGUCGGUAUUCGGGAGUCCUACGCAGACAACACAGGCGUCGGUGUUCGGGAGUGCUACGCCGACAACGCAAACGUCGGUGUUUGGGUCUACGCCGGCGACGACGGGCGGUUCGCUGUUCGGUGGCGCCGAAUCCAACCUGUUCGCGGCCGCUAGCAUAUCAACUACGAAUGCGCCGUCGCAAAAUACAGGAGGAAGCAUAUUUGGAGGAAGUUCUCCAGGAUCGGUUUUCGGCGGUGCUAACACAAACGUGUUCGGCGGCAAGACGCUGUUUGGCCAGAACAACCAGACAGCCGCUUCCAUCUUUGGCGGAGGCGCAGCUUUCGGCCAGAAGCAACCUCAGGCCAACAACUUCUGGUCCGGUGGCGCUAGCAACACCACGUCUACCGGCUUUGGCUCUGGAUUCGGUCAACAGCCGUCCACGCAAGCAUCAUCAAUCUUCGGGUCAGCCACUGGCGGUAGCUUCAGCACUCCGCAGCCGGCGGCCCAGGGCUUCGGCAGCCCGCAACAAGCGCCGGCAUUCGGCUCGCCGCAGCAACAGGCCUCGCCUGCGUUCGGUGGCUCUCCAGUCUUCGGAUCAAAACCAGUGUUUGGACAAUCUACCGGUUUCGGCUCCCCAACUGCAUCAAGUGGUUUCGGCUCGUUCGGCGGGUUUAACAAGAGCCCGACCAGUGGUUUCGGCGCGCCGGCGGCGUUCGGCGGCGGCGCCACUUUCGGCGGGGCGCCGGCGUUCGGCAGCACCUCUCCUGGAAAAGUGUUUGGUGGAUCCCCUGGACCCGCAUUUGGGUCACCGACGCAGUCCAACGCUACGUUCGAGAGCCUAGCCACGCAGAACACGCUGACCUUCGGCAACCUGGCGCAGCAGUGCGGCCAGCCGCAACCCCAGGCCGCUCCCAGCUUCAACGCGUCUCCGGCAUUCACUGGAUGGCGUGGCUGAUGACAAUAUUUCAAGGAGCGAGCCAUGAAAAUGAAGCAAAGCAAUAACCAUUGAAUGACUACAUAACAUGGGGCUCAGUUGUGACAUUACAGUGCAGUGACAUUGAAUUUUAACCAUUGACAGUGGAAAUACUCUUGACUUACAUAACGUGUUAAAUUAUAUUCCAUAUUAUACAUUAUUAUACUCUCAAUCAAAUAAUUACUACAGAAUAUUCAUGUAACCACAUUUAGAAU